AGUCCGUGCUCUCAGGGGCACCUGGGACGCAUUCAGGGCUCUGCUUGUUAAUCUAAACCAGCCACACCCCAGCUCAGCCAACGAGGCUAUCUUUCCAUACAAAGCAUCAGAAGGCAUGGCAGAGGGGCCUCAGGAAGAUGAGACAUGAGCCCCUUUCUGAUCCAAGAAAUUUGGACAAAAAUAUACAUUUCUAUUGUUUCACAUGGUCUCGGUCCCUUCCAGGAGCCUUGACACCGAAGCCUUCCCUAACCCACAAUAUCUAUGAGCAGCCUUAACUUGAGACUAUCUUACCUGACAGUUUCAUAACUCUCCCCUGCUACCAGGAGGUGGAGAGGAGUCUGAGACGCAACCAGAGGCCACAAGGAUGCCCCAAGGAUGGGAGUACAUGAAUACAAAGUUUGACCAGUCCAGGAGGAGGCAAGGCUGUAGUUAAAAUGCAGACACACAGGGCCUGAGGAGAAGGCUCCAAGGCUCCUGGGAAGAUGGGCGGAGUCCAGUGAUGGGCAUGUGACUAAUAGUUGAGGGCGGGGCAAAAGCUAGGGUAGCCUAAAUGACAGAUGAGUGGACUCCAAAGACCAAGGCCAUGGACAUCAAAACUGUGAAUACAGACCUUUCAAAAGAGACCUGCCCAGUGGAUAACGAGCAGUGUAUAAAGUUAGAGAAGACAGCCAUAAAGAUACAGUCAUGGUGGCGUGGCAAUAUGGUCCGACGAACACUACUGGAUGCAGCACUUGGAGCGUGGGCCAUCCAGUGUUGGUGGAGGUCAGUGCAAACCAAGAUAGUGGAGCAAAAACGGCGCUUGGCACUAAAACUCUACACCUGUCAGGAAUGGGCAGUGGUGAAGGUGCAGGCAUACGUCCGCAUGUGGCAGGCCCGCAGACGAUUCCUCCAGGCACGACAAGCAGCCUGCAUUAUCCAGACUCAGUGGCGCUGGCAUGCUAGUCAAAGCCAAAGUAUGAUCCACAGCCACUAUGAGGUCAAAGCCAGCCGGCUGGAGCUUGACAUCGAAAUCCUUAUGACCUAGGGUGCUGGCAAAGCCAGGGGAGGCUGGAUCUCCUUCCCAAUAAAGACACUAACUGAUCACA